CACAUCUCCAGGUGAAGUCCACCACCAGUCUGCCCUUGUUGACAUUGAUAUCGAUUCCCUGAGUUUCUGUUUCUACCCGUGUUUCCUUGUCUUUUGUCCCCGCUAAAUUUCCCCCGACAAUGUCCUCCAAAUACGUGUUCACCAAGGGCCUCAAGGAGCUGCGCUUCCUUUUUUGCCAGUCCUCUGAGCAGAGCGCCGCUACAAGAUCAUUCUUGAUGCGCGCCUAUCCUACCAUGAAAAAGCACAACCCUCACACCCCCAUCAUGAUGCGCGAGGCUGCGGGCACCCUUCCCCGGGUGUAUGCUCGAUACGACCUGGGAAGAGAGGAGGAGAAGACAUUGAGCGGCCUCUCGGAUAAACAGAUCGAAGAAGCUGUUACGCUAUUGGUGAAGGCCUCUUCAUAGAAUUCUCAGCAGCGCGUUCGUUUUAUGUCCAUGUACCGCAUUUCCAGCUGUGUCUACCUUGUAUCUAUAAUCCAAAUGAAUUGGUUGGCCGAUCAUACUAGAGGAAUCGAACAUUUCUCGGUUUAUUUUAAUCACGAAAAGAAAAAAAAAA